AUGGCUUACUAUGGGUCGCUGACGCCGAGUAGACCAGCGCCAUCAGCGCCGAACGCAAGAGCUGGUGGGGGUAGUUCCGUGAACAACAGCCUCUACGCUGGGUCAUCGUAUAAUCCCAGUUACUCUUCUUAUGCUUCAGGGUCGUCUUCUAUCGGAUUCUCGCCAUCAUCAAAUGCAUCUUUCCGCUCCGGCUCAUCCACUACCUUAAUCGGCAACUCAAACUCGGACGGAGGGAUUGUAAGACAGGGUUAUGUAUCUGUGAAGGAAGAUGGAUUUGCCAGCUUUUUAUGGAGUAGAAAAUGGCUUGUUCUCAGAGAACAUCUUCUCUCCUUUCACAAGAAUGAGAAUUCUAUGCUACUGCUUGCAGAUGUCACAAAUAUCGAUCGGACAGACCUCAAACCAUACUGUCUUUUACUGGAGACAAAGGAUCGACGUAUCCACCUUGCCUUGAAGAGUGACGACGAAGUAUAUGGCUGGAAAGAUGAUAUCUACUCUCGCAGCCCUCUUAUGGGGUUUAGCAAUCCUGUCAAUUUCGUUCACAAAAUUCACGUCGGUUUUGAUCCCACGACCGGAAAUUUCACGGGCCUUCCUGAACAAUGGACCCGGCUAUUGACUUCAUCUGCUAUCACUCGCGAGGACUAUGCCCGCAACCCCCAGGCGGUUCUUGACGCCUUGGGUUUCUAUACAGAACAUCAAAAACGCGAAUUCGAAGAGAAUGGUAUGACGGGCUCGGGCACUUCUAUGGCCAUGAACAGCAUGACAACACUUUCAUCGUCGAAUAGACCAGCAUAUGGUGUUAGCUCAUCGGCUCCUCGAUUUGUCACCGGCACUGGGUUCGGAGGGGAAAAGUCAAGUGCAUCGCCGGCAGCUUCUACAACUAGUCUUGUGUCAAGAGAUCAGGAUGGAAUGCGACCGAUACUUAACCGGCAAGAUACUGCUCCACCCGGUUUAGAAACCAAGAGCUUUACCAAUAGAAAUGAUUUCCCAAAUGGCUCUCCCGGUAGUGUUCGACAGCAACCCCAACUACAAGCUACUCGGCCCGCUCCUCCACGGCCUCAACCUCAGCAGCAGUCUCAGCAAUCACGGCCUACACCCUCUAAGCCACCUCAAAGCGGCCCUUCUGGAAUACCCGCAAGAAGUGCUGGGCCACGCGAGCCAAGAGACCCUCGUGAACUUGCCCCUACCAGAUCACGGGAUGACGUCCCCGUGCAGAAAGAGAGAGAACAACAGCCUCUUCCGGUCCGAAAGGAGUCUAUCAAUGAGCGGCCACUUCCCCAGCCCAAUCAACAGCAACAACAAAGGCAACGAGAAAGAGACAGAGAACAAGCCCAGCCAGAACCAUCUCGUCCACAACUCGCCCCUGCCAAAUCUAUGCCUGCCAACACAACCCCAGCAACCGACCCUGCACCAGGUCCUGCUGGCUCCCUCGUUGGGCCACCUCCCACUAAGCCUCUACAGCCUGCCAAGAAAUUGCCCCCUGUUGAUAGUCCCGCCGUCAUUGCUGCUGCCAACGCUUUGGAGAAGCCGAUGCCGAAACAAGUGGAGAAGAGGUUUAGUACGAUGACGGAAGCUCAAAUCAUGGAUAAGCUCAGAAGUGUUGUCAAUCAAGACGACCCAAAGCUCUUAUAUUCGAUGAUUAAGAAAAUUGGACAGGGGUGA